CGACUAAUGCGUGAAGCAUUAGGAAAAUGACGUGCUGUGUUUAUUCGCGAGUGAGACAUUACAUCCAACUCAAUUAGGAUGAUGGUCAAUGUAAAAUUAGGUGCGCGACACAGUGUCCCGUCCUGUGUAGAAUAUUUCAUAGGCGGGAGUUGUAGCGGUCAAGUUGGCUCCUGUCGAGGAGGGGCCGUCUUGUAGGGGAGUAGUUCUAUCUUUUUGGCGAGCCAGGGUAGCGCAUAGAGAUAGAUGCUGGAAUUUCUGCAGAGACGCGUGGCGUACAACAAAUUGAUUAUAAAGGGAGCGCGGUCUAUUAUUGCAAAACACUGCCCUCGGCUCUUCGUUGACAACCCCAGUGCAGAGUAACACAGUAUUCAUCCCCUCUCCUCUCUUCUCCUCGACCCCAGCUGGUGAGCUGAUCUGAGCCCUGGUACCCCAAGAUGGCGCAGCGGACUGGGCAGGAGGACCCGGAGCGGUACCUGUUUGUGGACCGGGCGGUGGUGUACAACCCGGCCACACAAGCCGACUGGACGGCCAAGAAGCUGGUGUGGAUCCCCUCGGAGCGCCAUGGCUUCGAGGCGGCCAGCAUACGAGAGGAACGCGGUGAGGAGGUGAUGGUGGAGCUGGCGGAGAACGGCAAGAAGGCCGUGGUCAACAAGGACGACAUCCAGAAGAUGAACCCGCCCAAGUUCAGCAAGGUGGAGGACAUGGCCGAGCUCACCUGCCUCAACGAGGCCUCCGUGCUGCACAACCUCAAGGACCGAUACUACUCUGGACUCAUCUAUACAUACUCCGGGCUCUUCUGUGUGGUCAUCAACCCGUACAAGAACCUGCCCAUCUACUCGGAGAACAUCAUUGAGAUGUACCGGGGCAAGAAGCGGCACGAGAUGCCCCCGCACAUCUACGCCAUCUCUGAGUCGGCGUACCGCUGCAUGCUUCAAGAUCGAGAGGACCAAUCCAUCUUGUGCACGGGUGAGUCUGGAGCAGGUAAGACGGAGAACACCAAGAAGGUUAUCCAGUAUCUGGCCCACGUGGCCUCCUCGCACAAGGGAAGGAAAGACCACAACAUUCCUCCCGAUUCACCUAAACCAAUGAAGCUUCAGGGCGAGCUGGAGAAACAGCUACUGCAGGCCAACCCCAUCCUGGAGUCCUUUGGGAACGCCAAGACAGUGAAAAACGACAACUCCUCACGUUUUGGGAAAUUCAUCAGAGUCAACUUUGACGUCACCGGUUACAUUGUUGGAGCCAACAUUGAGACCUACCUUCUGGAAAAAUCCAGAGCGAUACGUCAGGCCAAAGAUGAGCGAACCUUCCAUAUCUUCUAUCAGCUGCUCUCCGGAGCAGGGGAGCAUCUGAAAUCCGAUCUGCUCCUGGAGGGCUUCAACAGCUACCGCUUCCUGUCCAAUGGCAACGUCCCUAUUCCAGGCCAGCAGGACAAAGACAACUUCCAGGAGACCAUGGAGGCCAUGCACAUCAUGACAUUCAACCACGACGAGAUCGUCGCCAUGCUUAAGGUGGUCUCCGCCGUGCUGCAGUUUGGUAACGUUGUCUUCAAGAAGGAGAGGAACACGGACCAGGCCUCCAUGCCUGAGAACACAGCUGCUCAGAAGCUUUGUCACCUGUUGGGCAUGAAUGUGAUGGAGUUCACACGGGCCAUCCUCAGUCCCCGCAUCAAGGUGGGCCGGGACUAUGUGCAGAAAGCCCAGACCAAAGAACAGGCUGACUUUGCGGUGGAGGCCCUGGCUAAGGCCACAUAUGAGCGCCUGUUCCGCUGGCUGGUCCACCGCAUCAACAAGGCUCUGGACCGCACCAAGCGCCAGGGGGCCUCCUUCAUCGGGAUUCUCGACAUCGCCGGCUUUGAGAUCUUUGAGCUGAACUCCUUCGAGCAGCUGUGCAUCAACUACACCAAUGAGAAGCUGCAGCAGCUCUUCAACCACACCAUGUUCAUCCUGGAGCAGGAGGAGUACCAGAGGGAGGGCAUCGAGUGGAGCUUCAUCGACUUCGGACUCGACCUGCAGCCGUGCAUAGACCUCAUCGAGAGGCCGAACAACCCUCCUGGUAUCCUGGCCUUGCUGGAUGAGGAGUGCUGGUUCCCCAAGGCCACGGACAAGACCUUUGUGGACAAGGUUCAGCAGGAGCUGGGCACACACACCAAGUUCCAGAAGCCCCGGCAGCUCAAGGACAAGGCCGACUUCUGUGUCAUGCACUACGCUGGAAAGGUGGACUACAAAGCAGACGAGUGGCUGAUGAAGAACAUGGACCCUCUGAACGACAACGUGGCCACUCUGUUGCACCAGUCCACUGACAAGUUUGUGGCUGAGCUGUGGAAGGACGUGGACCGCAUCGUGGGCCUGGACCAGGUUGCCGGCAUGAACGAGACGGCGUUCGGCGCGGCCUACAAGACCAAGAAGGGCAUGUUCCGCACGGUCAGCCAGCUCUACAAGGAGCAGCUGGCCAAGCUGAUGGCCACGCUGCGCAACACCAACCCCAACUUCGUACGCUGCAUCAUCCCCAACCACGAGAAGCGGGCGGGUAAGCUGGACCCCCACCUGGUGCUGGACCAGCUGAGGUGCAAUGGUGUGCUGGAGGGAAUCCGUAUCUGCAGACAAGGCUUCCCCAACCGCAUCGUCUUCCAGGAGUUCAGACAGAGAUAUGAGAUUCUCACUCCCAAUGCAAUUCCCAAGGGCUUCAUGGACGGCAAACAAGCCUGUGAAAGAAUGAUCCAAGCUCUGGAGCUGGAUCAGAACCUGUUCCGCAUUGGCCAGAGUAAGAUCUUCUUCCGGGCCGGUGUGCUGGCCCACCUGGAGGAGGAGCGCGACCUGAAGAUCACCGACAUCAUCAUCUACUUCCAGGCCGCCUGCAGAGGCUACUUGGCACGCAAGGCCUUUGCCAAGAAGCAGCAGCAGCUGAGUGCGCUGAAGAUCCUGCAGAGGAACUGUUUCGCCUACCUGAAGCUGCGCCACUGGCAGUGGUGGCGCCUCUUCACCAAGGUGAAGCCUCUGCUGCAGGUGACGCGUCAGGAGGAGGAGAUGCUGGCCAAGGACGAGGAGCUGGCCAAGGUCAAGGAGAAGCAGACCAAGGUGGAGGGAGAGCUGGUGGAGAUGGAGAGGAAGCACCAGCAGCUGACGGAGGAGAAGAACAUCCUGGCGGAGCAGCUGCAGGCGGAGACGGAGCUGUUUGCGGAGGCGGACGAGAUGCGUGCGCGGCUGGUGGCCAAGAAGCAGGAGCUGGAAGAGAUCCUCCACGACCUGGAGUCCCGCGUGGAGGAGGAGGAGGAGCGCAACCAGUCUCUGGAGAACGAGAAGAAGAAGAUGCAGUCUCACGUACAGGACCUAGAGGAGCAACUGGAUGAGGAGGAGGCUGCCAGGCAGAAGCUGCAGUUGGAGAAGGUGACAGCGGAGGCCAAGAUUAAAAAGUGCGAGGAGGACGUCUUGUUGCUUGAGGACCAGAACUCUAAGUUUUUGAAGGAGAAGAAGCUGCUAGAGGAUCGCAUUGGAGAGAUGACCUCCAUGCUGGCGGACGAGGAGGAGAAGGCCAAGAACCUGGGCAAGACCAAGAACAAGCAGGAGAUGAUGAUGGUAGACCUGGAGGAGCGGCUGAAGAAGGAGGAGAAGACCAGACAGGAGCUGGAGAAGGCCAAGCGGAAGCUGGACGGCGAGACGACGGACCUGCAGGACCAGAUCGCCGAGCUGCAGGCCCAGGUGGAGGAGCUGAAGCAGCAGGUGGUGAAGAAGGAGGAGGAGCUCCAGAACAUGCAGGCCAGGGGUGAUGAGGAGAUUUCCCAGAGGAACAAUGCCCUGAAGCAGGUGCGGGAGCUGCAGGCCCAGCUGGCUGAGCUGCAAGAGGACCUGGAGUCGGAACGCGUCUCCCGAGGCAAGGCGGAGAAGCUGAAGAGAGAUCUAAGUGAGGAGCUGGAGGCCCUCAAGACAGAGCUGGAGGACACGCUGGACACCACCGCAGCACAGCAGGAGCUCAGGACUAAGCGUGAGCAGGAGGUGGCGGAGCUGAAGAAGGCCAUCGACGAGGAGGCCAAGAACCACGAGGCCCAGAUCCAGGAGAUGAGGCAGAGGCACGGCACCGCCCUGGAGGAGCUCUCCGAGCAGCUGGAGCAGGCCAAGAGGUUCAAGGCCAACCUGGAGAAGAGCAAGCAGAGCCAGGAGAGUGCCAACAAGGAGCUGUCUGUGGAGCUGAAGGGGGUGCAGCAGGCCAAGACGGAGUCGGAGCACAAGAGGAAGAAGCUGGAGAGCCAGCUGCAGGAGGCCAUGGCCCGCGCCACCGAGGGGGAGAGAGUCAAGACCGAGCUCGCCGACCGCAGCCACAAGCUACAGACGGAGCUGGACAGCGUGUCGACGCUGCUGGAGGAUGCGGAGAGGAAAGGCAUCAAGAUGGCCAAGGACGUGUCCAGCCUGGAGAGCCAGCUGCAGGACACACAGGAGUUGCUUCAGGAGGAGACGCGUCAGAAGCUGAACCUGAGCAGCCGCAUCCGUCAGCUGGAGGAGGACAAGGCAGGCCUGCAGGAGACGCAGGAGGAGGAGGAGGAGGCGCGCAAGAACCUGGAGAAACAGCUGGCCGCACUGCAGGCACAGCUGGUGGACUCCAAGAAGAAGCUUGAGGAUGACGUGGGGGUGCUGGAGGGGCUGGAGGAGGUGAAGAGAAAGCUGCUGAAGGACGCAGAGUGCACCAACCAGCGGCUGGAGGAGAAGAGCCUGGCCUUCGAGAAGAUGGAGAAGACCAAGACACGCCUGCAGCAGGAGCUGGACGACCUCACCGUGGACCUGGACCACCAGAGGCAGAUCGUCUCUAACCUGGAGAAGAAGCAGAAGAAGUUUGACCAGAUGCUGGCUGAAGAGAAGUCCAUCUCGGCUCGCUUCGCUGAGGAGCGUGACCGGGCUGAGGCCGAGGCUCGUGAGAAGGAGACCAAGUCUUUGUCUCUGGCCCGCGCCCUGGAGGAGGCGCUGGAGGCCAAGGAGGAGUUCGAGAGGCUCAACAAGCAGCUGAGGGCCGAGAUGGAGGACCUGAUGAGCUCCAAGGACGACGUGGGCAAGAAUGUGCACGAGCUGGAGAAGUCCAAGCGGUCCAUGGAGCAGCAGCUGGAGGAGAUGAGGACUCAGCUGGAGGAGCUGGAGGACGAGCUGCAGGCCACCGAGGACGCCAAGCUGCGGCUGGAGGUCAACAUGCAGGCCAUGAAGGCCCAGUACGAGAGGGACCUGCAGGGCCGCGACGACCAGAACGACGAAAAGAAGAGGGCGCUGGUCAAACAGGUACGGGAGAUGGAGGCUGAGCUGGAGGACGAGCGUAAGCAGCGGGCGCUGGCCGUGGCGGCCAAGAAGAAGCUGGAGAUGGACCUGAAGGACAUAGAGUCCCACAUCGAGGGGGCCAACAGGGGCCGAGACGAGGCCAUCAAGCAGCUACGCAAGCUCCAGGCCCAGAUGAAGGAUUACCAGCGGGAGCUGGAGGACGCGCGCUCCUCCCGAGAUGAGAUCUUCAGCCAGGCCAAGGAGAACGAGAAGAAACUCAAGAGUCUGGAGGCCGAGGUCCUGCAGCUGCAAGAGGAUCUGGCUGCAUCAGAGAGGGCCCGACGACACGCAGAGACAGAGAGAGAUGAGCUGGCCGACGAGAUCUCAAACAGCGCCUCUGGCAAGUCUGCCCUGAUGGAUGAGAAGAGGAGGCUGGAGGCCCGUAUUGCCCAGCUGGAGGAGGAUCUGGAGGAGGAGCAGAGUAACAUGGAGUUGCUCAACGACCGCUUCCGCAAGACCAGCAUGCAGGUGGACACCCUGAGCACGGAGCUGGCGGGCGAGCGCAGCGUGGCCCAGAAGAGUGAGAACGCGCGGCAGCAGCUGGAGCGCCAGAACAAGGAGCUGAAGGCCAAGCUGCAGGAGCUGGAGGGCUCCAUCAAGGGCCGCUUCAAGGCCUCCAUCGCCGCCCUGGAGGCCAAGAUACUGCAGCUCGAGGAGCAGCUGGAGCAGGAGGCCAAGGAGAGGUCGGCGGCCAAUAAGAUUGUGAGGCGGACGGAGAAGAAGCUGAAGGAGGUGUGCAUGCAGGUGGAGGACGAGAGGCGCCACGCAGACCAGUACAAAGAACAGCUGGAGAAGGCCAACUCGCGCAUGAAGGCGCUGAAGCGUCAACUGGAGGAGGCGGAGGAGGAGGCCACCAGGGCCAACGCCAACCGCAGGAAACUGCAGAGGGAGCUGGAGGACGCCACCGAGGCCAGCGAGGGACUCAGCCGCGAGGUCAACACACUCAAGAGCAGACUCAGGCGUGGCGGUCCCAUCAGCUUCUCGUCAGGCCGCUCGGGCCGCAGGCAGGCGGGCACCUCCAUCGACCUCUCGGACGACGACCUGGACAGCAGGGCCAGCGACGUGGCCAACGCCAACGACACCGCGGCGCCCCAGACCAACAACCACCAGCAGCCCCAGCAGAACCAGCAGCCACAAACACAACAGCAACAGCAGCAGCAGCAGCAGCGGCAGCCACCACAAGAGCAGCAGCAGCAACAGCAGCAGUAGUCGGGCCGCCGCAAGCCCAGCAGAGAGGCUCCUGGGCAGGCAUGCAGCAUGGCCUCUCCCCCCUCACCUGUCCCCUCCCCUCCACCUCCCA